AUGCGACGAGCAGUCCGGACUUUGGACCUCAACAUUAAGACGUUUGGCAACAUGAGCGGUGUCACAGUUUGGGCAGAGGAAGGUGAACUCACUCAGGAGGAAAACAGAUCUUCUCCUUCAUGGUCAGAAGAGCACUGUGAGGAGCUGUGGGAUCGUGUGGAAGGAGUGCGACAUAAGCUCACCCGCAUUCUUAACCCGGCCAAACUCACGCCAUACCUGCGCCAGUGCAAGGUCAUUGAUGAGCAGGAUGAAGAUGAGGUGCUCAACUCCAUUCAGUACCCUCUGCGCAUCACCAAGGCCGGUCGUUUGCUGGACAUUCUGCGUGGCCAGGGUCCGCGAGGUCUUCAAGCCUUCAUGGAGUCACUGGAGUUCUACCAUCCAGAGCAAUACACACAGCUGACUGGGGAGCAGCCUACACAGCGCUGCUCUCUUAUAUUAGAUGAGGAAGGCCCAGAGGGAUUGACUCAAUUUCUGCUGGUAGAGGUUCGAAAACUCAGAGAGCAGCUUCGAAACAGCCGAAUGUAUGAGCGUCGCUUGUCUCAACGCUGUCGGGUGGCCGAGGAUGACCGGAGCCGUGCUGAACGUAAAGCUCAAGAGUUGCGUCAUGACAGACUGCAGCUAGAGAGGCUACGUCAUGAUUGGGAGUCGGCCAGUCGAGAGCUGGGCAAGCUUAAAGACCGACAUUUGGAGCAGUCAGUGAAGUACACCAAGGCUUUGGAAGAGCAAGGCAAAGCCUCCAUACGAGAGAAAGAACUCCUCAAGCAGGUAGAAGCGUUAAAGUCCAGGUUAACGGCAGAGCAUCAAAUUAUGAAUCCUGAAAAAAGUCGGAUUCAAACUAAUGCAAAGAACACCUUGUUGUCCACUGGGGGACUUGGUUGUCCACCAGCUUUACCCAAAAAGCCAUCGUACCUUAUUGAAGUCCCGAGUACAGAAAAUCCAGGAACUCAGACGAAAGAGCCAAUUCCGACUACUGGAGUCAUAGCUCUGAUGGAUAUCCUACGGCAGGAUCGCAGGGAGGCUGCAGAGCAGAGACAGGAGCUCUGCCACUUCAUCGCUAGACUUCAAGGGGAGGUACAUAGCACUGAGGAGCACAGGGAUAAGCUGCAGUCACAGUGUGAGCAGCUUCAGCUGAAGGUGAGAACUCUCCAGCUGGACUGGGAGACAGAGCAAAAGAGGAGUAUCUCCUACUUUAACCAGAUCAUGGAACUUGAAAAGGAGAGGGACCAGGCCAUGCGUAGUCGGGACAGCCUGCAGUUGGAGUACACCGACUGUCUAUUGGACAAGAACCGUCUGCGUAAACGCAUUGCAGAGCUGCAAGCCAACACGGAGCAGCUGCAGAGGGAGUUGGAGCGAGAGACAGAAAAGAGCAGGGAGCAAAUGGAGCAGAGCAGUCACUGUCUGCACUGUUCCCACAUGUCCCUGUGCAGUGAAGACCAGUGCUAUGGACCUUGCUGCUCCCUUGGCCUGGACUUGAGCCUCCCUGUUAAUGGCUCUCAUCUUCACUUACGGAAGGCAUCCUCCAGAAGCCAAGCCAAUGACAAUUCAGAGGAUUCUCAUUCCAACUCUGAAGAGAAUCCACUGUCAUCGACAGAAGAUGAAAAGGAAAUAAAUCGGCUCUCAACAUUCCCAUUUCCUCCGUGUAUGAACUCCAUCAACCGAAGAGUCAAUACAGAGUUUGACUUGGACUCUUGGGGCAGUGAUGACAAUGACAACAUUCCAGGUGGAUAUAGUGAACCUUCUCUAUGGGAUUCCUGGAACUCCCUCCAGUCUCAUCUCUUCCCUCCUGAUCUGGUCAAUCUGCCGCCUGUAAAGGCGCAUCAAGACAAUCCCAGCACUCUAAGGAAAACUUCCAUCUCUCCAUCUUCAAGCCCUCCCGUGACACCAAAGCACGGAAGAACCAGCCUGGCUGAUGACAUUACGAUAACUGGUGGAAACCAAACAGGAAUAUUUGUCAGCCACGUUAAAGCUGGCUCAGUGGCAGAACGAUGUGGGCUGAAGGAGGGAAGUGAGCUGCUGGAGCUACAGAAUGUUCUCUUUGGUGGAGGAAAUCUUCUGUUCAGCCAGUGCACCGCUGAAGUAGCACACUUUUCCCUACAAUGGUGGACUGAACCAUCUGCACUCAAACACCAAAGCAACCCAGAGGCAUAUGCCGAGCUGUGCUCCCAGUUUUCUUGGCCUACUUUCAAGGGUGCUGACUCAUUUUACGUGCGGGUCAAUCUCAACAUUGAGCCUCUCGGAGACCCGCCGUCUCUGAGUGUAUCCUGUGAUGACAUCAUACAUGUCACGGACACAAGGUGCAACGGCAAAUAUCACUGGCACUGUUCCUUGGUGGACCCUCUCACGGCCGACCUCCUGCUGGCAGGAAAUAUGCCCAAUUAUAACAGGGCACAGCAGCUGUUACUCGUCAAGUUACAGAAAAUGGCCCUGGAGCAAAAGGACUUCAGAAAGAAGUUCAUGAAAAAAUCAUCUGGUCGAGUUCGUCUGGUUAAGGCACUGGACCCCAAAUGCCGUGGGAUAGGGCCCUCACAACAGGUUCUUUACACACUGAACAAACGACAUGAGGAGCACUUGAUUCCUUAUAGUCUUGUGGCACCAGUGAAGGUUCAGUCUAAGCGGCCCAUCAUCUUCUCACCAUCUCUCCUCUCCCGUGGCCUCAUCGAGAGACUGAUGCAGCCUGUCGAGUCUGGGUUACGGUACAACACCUGUGCACCAGAGACGAUAACAGCAUCUGAGAGGAGAAGCAAGAGCGUAUUUCUGUUGGAUUCCCAGGCACAAGAGCCAAUGCUGGGCGUACGGCUACAGUCCAUACAAGAAGUCAUCGGCCAGGACAAACACUGUUUGUUAGAGUUGGGGUUGCCCUGUGUUGAGGAUUUGUUGAGACAAGGGAUUUAUCCUAUUGUCAUCCACAUCCAGCCAAAGACCAAAAAAUACAAGAAGCUCAGAAAGUUUUUGCCACGGUGUGGGGAUGAAAGUGCAAUGGAGGAGAUGUGCCAGUUGGAGCAAUUGCAGCUGGAGACUCUGCCCCUACUCUACUACACAUUGGAGCCCAUUAAGUGGAGUUGCACAGAAGAGCUGCUCACAGCCAUACGCAAUGCCAUCAAUAUCCAGCAGAUGUCAGUAGCUUGGGUUGAGCUUGAUAGGUUGUAGUAAUCUCUGCAGUAUCUCUGCACGCUACCAAAAAAAAAAAAAAAAUGUCACAAAUGUCGACAACCCUCCUGUAGAAGCUAGAAGCAUGAAUAUAAUGACUCAGGAUUUGUCAAGAAACCACAAUCAUAUUUCUGAUCUGAACUGAUUUCAAAUCUUCAUCUUGACUGCAUAGAAUAUCGUUUAAUCAACUUGGGUGUUGAUCGUUAUGUUGACAUAACUGUACUCGUUCUCAUGGUGCCAGGAUUUAUUGACUUUUUUUAUAUCGACUUCUGCACUGGAGGCAGCACGGUGGACAACUGGUUAGCACAUCUGGCUCACAGUUCUAAGGUGUUCAAAUCCGGUCUCGCCUGUGUGGAGUUUGCAUGUUCUCCCCAUGCCUGCAUGGGUUUUCUGCAGGUUCUCUGGUUUCCUCCCACAUUCAAAAAACAUGCAUGGCAGGUUAAUUGAAGACUCUAUAUCGGCCUUAGGUAUGAAUGUGAGUGUAAAUGGUUGUGUGUUUACGGUAUAUGUGUCCUAGGGUUGGCUGGACACCAGUUCAGGGUGUACCCCGCCUCUAACCUGAAGCCAAAAAAAAAAAAUGGAUGAAUGGUGCUUUUUUUUUAAGCAUUCCUCAACUUUCCCUUUUGUUGUCCCUGUGUCAUCUUUUUUUCGAAUGUGUUUGUUGUUUUUAGACCAUGUGAACUUUAAUGUUUUCAUAGAGAUAUUUGGAUAGCUUUUUUUUU